AAAAAAGUCAAUACUAUUAAUUACAGUUUAUUUAUAUUAAGAAAGAAUAUAAUCUUUUCAUCAUGUUAAUCAUUAUUAUCAAUAAUAUAUGUGUAUAUAAAUAAAAUAAUAAUUGUAGAAAAGAUUAUUUCUUUUAAAUUUAAUGAUUUGAUAUAUGAGCAUAAUUUGGAAAUUUAUUUGAUUGAUAUUAUAGCUACUAUCACUGAUUAUAAUAAUAAGUAGUAUAUAAUACUUUUAUCAAAACAUUGAGUUCAAAUCAAUUAAUAACAGUAUUAGUUAUUCAUUGGGAAAAGUAUUAUUUUUAAUUUAUUAAAUUAUCAUAUAAACAAUGAGUCAACAACCUUGAUAAUGAUUCCUUAAAUGAAAUAAUUGGUCAAAUUUUUUAUUGGUUCAUGAAAUCUGAUCAAAAACAAAUGAAUUUAAGUUGGAGGCAUUUGUUCGAAUGUUAAUUGACAGUAUAAAAGAAGCUACACUCUAUUGAUGCAUUUGAAGUAAUAACACGUAAAUAGAAAAUAUGUUUGCUGAUCUGGAGGUGUUUAAGAUAAGACAAAUAUAAGGCGUUGUCAAAAGUUCUAAACUUACAGUGUGAUACAUACAAGUUGACAAUAUUAUGAUGGCUUUUUGUUCACCUUUUUCGGCCAUCUUGCAAAAGUUUUUAAUAACACGUUUACCUGAGAAAAUUAUGCUGCAAAUUUUUUCGCAUUUAAGUCAUCCAGAAUUGUGUAAUAUUGCACGUGUUUGCAAAAUGUGGCGUCGGUUAGCAUAUGAUCAUUCAUUGUGGCAGUCACUCAAUUUACGACCUGAAUAUGGUGGAAUAUUUGUGAGAUCAAUUGAUGAGCUAUUAAAUCUCAUUCAUCAUAGGUCUGGAAGUGGAUUAAGGUGUAUUGAAUUAUCGAGCGACCUAGUCACCAUACCAGUUUUAGAGGAACUUGGAAAUCGAUGUCCAAAUCUUCGCUAUUUAACUCUUGAUUUUUCUAAUGCUAUGCAACUACAUGAUUUCAACGAAUUGGCUUCGUUCCCUUCGUCAAUCAAAUAUUUGUGUAUUUGUUUAAGUGAUGUGAUAUUUAUGGAAGGUUUAAUGAGAAAAAUAUAUUCGUGUUUAUCAGCAGUUGAAAUUUUGCACUUAAUUGGAACUUUUGAAUUAGCCACAGAAGAAGAGGAAGAAAUUUAUGAGGUUAUCAAUAUCAGUAAAAUUAAAGCCCAUACACCUAAUUUACGUGUUAUCAAUUUAUUUGGUAUCAAUUUUAUUGAAGAUAGUCAUGUAGAAUUAUUAGCCAGUAAUUGUAUUCAUUUGGAAUGUGUCGCGCUUAAUUUUUGUUUAAAUGUUAAGGGUUCAUCGUUUACAUUAUUGAUUGCAAAUUGCAAAAAAUUAACAACCCUACUUCUAGAACAUUGUGGUCUCAAAGAUGAAUUUAUGAUGGCUGUACCAUGGGAAAAUUCAGGAAUCUGUGAACUUGAUAUAACAUCUACAGAAUUAUCUGCUGAAUGCCUUGAAAAUUUCUUAACACGUAUACCAUAUUUUACUUAUUUGGCAGCAGGUCAUACAGAUUUUUUUACUGAUCAUAUAUUGAAUACACUUUGUGACAGUGGUAAAUUUAAGCAAGUCAAAGCUAUUGAUUUGAGCCAUACACCGGCACUUAACGAACAGUCCAUAACAAAUCUUCUUAAACUUCAUGGUCAUCAGUUACAUGGUCUUAUGCUACAUGGCAAAGCUACUUUAGCUGAAUAUUUUUGGACUACUGUGAUUCCAUAUCUUGGUGCAAUAAAGGUUUGUGUACUUGGAGCGUCACAUGGUUGGUUUUUUAAAUACAACACUCGAGUUCAUAUUGAUAAAAUUCUGGAAAGUUUUGCUGGAUUUUGUCCAAAUUUAGAAGCAUUAGAAAUACAAUGGGAUCCAGAUACUAUUCGUUUUAGUGACAAAAGUAGAAAAUUCAUUGAUCGAAUUAGAAUCAAAUGUCCUCGGUUAAAGUCUUUAACUCUUAGUGAUGGAAAAUACUAUGAAAUGGUCAAAGGAAAUUUCGAAAGAGCAGAAUGUCCACGAGUUGUACGUACUACAACUACUUAUAUUACAAGUAUUAUUAGCUUACUCAGACGUUAUAAGGAUUUGAGAUUUAAUUAAUUUUAUUAAAAUUUAUAUGUAAUCACUCUUUUAGAUUGUGUACAACGCAGAGAAAUAAUCAGGUGAAAUAAUAUUUUAAAAAAAGAUAAUGAAUUGCAGAUAAUCACUUGAAAUUUCAAUGUGAUGUCUGAGGAAACUAAAAGUCCUAUAGUGCAGCCAACAAAAUAACAUUCAAAUUUGUAUGCUGUUAAUUUGUCAAUAUUUUUUGGAAUCUGCUAUUGUAUAAGAAAUGGAAAUAUGUAAUUAUAUUUUAUAGAAAAUAUGGCUUAGCCUUUUUCAAUUCAAUUUUAAUUCCAUGUAAUAUUUUUCUCCAAAAGUAAAUAUCACUUAAUAUUCAGUGGGAGUAUAUUUUCAAAUGUUCAAAUUGUUCAAAUUGUUGAGGACGGAAUAGAAGAAGCCGUCGCUUCCGUGUCUAGUAGCAGUAGAUCACCAAUACCUCCAGGCAAGA